UGUGCGCGAACUUGCCGGCCAAACCCUUAACGUCUGGCGUCCUUUGUGCGCGCGCCUCUCCUUCCAGUACCUAUCAGGCGCCCCUUCUACCCGGCUCCAUCCUAUUGCUCGCAGGACGCUCAGAGUCCAGCUGUCAAGAGUUCAAGGAUCCGAAAAUAGCCACUGCGCCCAGCAGCGGUUACCUGGGCACACUGUGCCCUUUAUCUCUGUCCCGGUCCCUUCCCGGGGCCAAGGACCCAGCAGUAGGACUCAGUUUCCUUGAGCCUGCUGCCCACAUCCCUCACUUCAUUGGCUUGCGGGAUCUCUCCGUUGCUCCUGCCCCUGGACGGAGUGGCAAGCCUUCCUACCCAGACACUUGUAAUCAGCCUGGUGUCGAAACAACUCCAAGGAUUUAUUCUUCAAGCCCUGUCUUCUGUAUGGCGAUCCUGCCUUCAAUUUGAGGCCCAGGUACCACAGCAUGCCAGUGCCCUAAGGACUCUCAGAGAGGCCCUGGAGAAGGCCCGGGCCCCUGCAGAGAGACCUCCAUACCCAGAGGUCAAAAAUGCCAUCUGAAAAGAAAUCCCAGCCCUCCGGGAUGAGCUACUGCUGCAACUCCAUCUCCAGCUCCUCCAGCUCCGCAGGAGGCUUCCCGUGGGUAAAGAGGGGGAAGGGGCCAGCCUCAUCCGACUGCCAGCUGCCCCUCACUUCUUCAAAGGCAGUGACUGAGGUCAGCCCUCAGGCUGUCUCUCAGGGUCAGGCUCAGUGUGAAAAGGCAGCAGAUUCAGCACCUGGGGAGAAACUGGCCCCCAGGAGUGGCUCCCCGACAUCUCAGGCCUCUAGGCCUCAUAGACGAAAGUACCCUCUGCUGCGAUGCAGGCGAGGGAAGCCUCUGAGGCUGCCAUCUCCCUUACAGCUGGGGUUCCAGGUAACUGCUGAAGACCUGGACCUGGAGAUAAAGGCCGAAAUCAUGUGCCUUAAUUGUGCACUGCAGGGUGAGGAAAAGUCCCUCUGGGAGUGCAGAGCCUCACUGCUGUCCCAUGCUUUGGGACUGGCAACAGGGACGUCUUCUCUGCCUGCUGUCUCUAAAGCAUCCAACACAGAGGCACAGCAGGAGAGACACAAGUCCCAAGAUGGCCUGGACCCCGUGGCCCUCCAAGCAUCUGCUGCAGGGUCCCCCUCUAGACCUCCUGUGUCUGGGAGGAACUGCAGGUCAGCAGGUCCCCUGUUAUCCUCCUCAGACACCCUUCCUGCCACCUCUGCACAUUCCCAGGACUCAGCUCAGGCCUCAUUGUCUGCUCCAGCACAGCCAGACCAGGGCACCACAACACACUUAUCUGCAGGGGCUUCCUUAUCCACCACUUCCACCUCCAGCCCCCGCACCAAAAGAAAGUCGACCUGGGCUUCAGACCUGGCUAGGAGCCUUCCUGACCCCUCUUCUGCGUCUCGCACCACCACCCUGGCCAGACAGAGGGUCAGUGAUUUCACCAUACUACAGAAACUUGAUGCUAUUGCUGCAGCCAUUACCCAGCCUGUGGUCCCUCAUGGACAGCAGCAAGGAAUCUGCACCUUGAAGCGGUUUCAUCCAUAUUUCUGUCCAGCUGCUUCAGGUGCAGCCCAGACCUCAACUUCUGCUCCAACACAGCCAGCGCAGGGAACCACAGCACCCUCAGCUGCAGGGGUUUCCUUACCCACCACUUCUACCUGGAGCCUGGCUGGGACACUUUCUAAGCCAUCUUCUGCCUCUCACACCACCACCCUGGCCAGACAGAGGGUCAGUGAUUUCACUGUACUACAGAAACUUGACGCUAUCACUACAGCCAUCACCCAGCCCAAACCUGUUGUCCUUCACGGACAGCAGCAGGGAACCCGCUCCUUGAAGCAGCCUCAUCCAUCUUCCCAUCCAGCUGCUUCAGCUGCAGCCCAGGCCUCAUCUUCUGUUCCAACACAGCCAGCCCAGGGCACCACAGCGCCCUCAGCUGCAGGGGUUUCCUUACCCACCACUUCCACCUGGAGCCUGGCUGGGACACUUUCUAACCCAUCUUCUGCCUCUCUCAUCACCACCCACGCCAGACUGAAGAUCAGUGGUCCCACCUCAUUACCAAAAGUUGCCGUGACCACUGCAGCCACCACCCAGCCCAAACCUGUUGUCCUUCACGGACAGCAGCAUGGAACCAGCUCCUUGAAGCAGCCUCAUCCAUCUUCCCAUCCAGCUGCUUCAGCUGCAGCCCAGGCCUCAUCUUCUGCUCCAACACAGCCAGCCCAGGGCACCACGGCAUCCUCAGCUGCAGGGGUUUCCUUACCCACCAUUUCCACCUGGAGCCUGGCUGGGACACUUUCUAACCCAUCAUCUGCCUCUCUAAUCACCACCCAGGCCAGACUGAUGAUCAGUUGUCCCACCUCAUUACCAAAAGUUGCCGUGACCACUGCAGCCACCACCCAGCACAAAUCUGCUGUCCUUCACGGACAGCAGCAGGGAACCCGCUCCUUGAAGCAGCCUCAUCCAUUUUCCCAUCCAGUUGCUUCAGCUGCAGCCCUGGCCUCAUCUUCUGCUCCAACACAGCCAGCCCAGGGCACCACGGCAUCCUCAGCUGCAGGGGUUUCCUUACCCACCAGUUCCACCUGGAGCCUGGUUGGGACACUUUCUAACCCAUCUUCUGACUCUCUCAUCACCGCCAUGGCCAGACUAACGAUCGGUGGUCCCACAUCACUACCAAAAGUUGCCGUGACCGCUGCAGCCACCACCCAGCCAAAACCUGUGGUCCUUCAUGGACAGCAGCAGGGAACCCGCUCCUUGAAGCAGCCUCAUCCAUUUUCCCAUCCAGUUGCUUCAGCUACAGCCCUGGCCUCAUCUUCUGCUCCAACACAGCCAGCCCAGGGCACCAUGGCACCCUCAGUUGCAGGGGUUUCCUUACCCACCACUUCCACCUGGAGCCUGGCUGGGAUACUUUCUAACCCAUCUUCUGACUCUCUCAUCACCGCCAUGGCCAGACUAACGAUCAGUGGUCCCACCUCACUACCUAAAGUUGCCAUGACCACUGCAGCCACCACCCAGCCCAAACCUGUGAUACUUCGUGGACAGCAGCAGGGAACCCGCUCCUUGAAGCAGCCUCAUCCAUUUUCCCAUCCAGUUGCUUCAGCUACAGCCCUGGCCUCAUCUUCUGCUCCAACACAGCCAGCCCAGGGCACCAUGGCACCCUCAGUUGCAGGGGUUUCCUUACCCACCACUUCCACCUGGAGCCUGGCUGGGAUACUUUCUAACCCAUCUUCUGACUCUCUCAUCACCGCCAUGGCCAGACUAACGAUCAGUGGUCCCACCUCACUACCUAAAGUUGCCAUGACCACUGCAGCCACCACCCAGCCCAAACCUGUGAUACUUCGUGGACAGCAGCAGGGAACCCGCAGUUUGAAGCAGCCUCAUCCAUCUUCCCAUCCAGCUGCUUCAGUUGCAGCCCUGGCCUCAUCUUCUGCUCCAACACAGCCAGCCCAGGGCACCACAGUGCCCUCAGCUGCAGGGGUUUCCUUACCCACCACUUCCACCUGGAGCCUGGCUGGGACACUUUCUAACCCAUCUUCUGACUCUCUCAUAACCGCCAUGGCCAGACUAACAAUCACUGGUCCCACCUCACUACCUAAAGUUGCCGUGACCGCUGCAGCCACCACCCAGCCCAAACCUGUGGUCCUUCAUGGACAACAGCAGGUUACCUGCAGCUUGAAGCAGCCUCAUCCAUCUUCCCAUCCAGCUGCUUCAGCUGCAGCCCUGGCCUCAUCUUCUGCUCCAACACAGCCAGCCCAGGGCACUACAGUGCCCUCAGCUGCAGGGGUUUCCUUACCCACCACUUCCACCUGGAGCCUGGCUGGGACACUUUCUAACCCAUCUUCUGCCUCUCUCAUCACCACCCAGGCCAGACUAACAAUCAGUGGUCCCAACUCACUACUGAAAGUUGCCGUGACCACUGCAGCCACCACCCAGCCAAAACCUGUGGUCCUUCAUGGACAGCAGCAGGGAACCCGCUCCUUGAAGCAGCCUCAUCCAUCUUCCCAUCCAGCUGCUUCAGCUGCAGCCCUGGCCUCAUAUUCUGCUCCAACACAGCCAGCCCAGGGCACCACAGUGCCCUCAGCUGCAGGGGUUUCCUUACCCACCACUUCCACCUCGAGCCUGGCUGGAACCCUUUCUAACCCAUCUUCUGCCUCUCUCAUCACCACCCAGUCCAGACUAACAAUCAGUGGUCCCACCUCACUACUGAAAGUUGCCGUGACCACUGCAGCCACCACCCAGCCAAAACCUGUGGUCCUUCAUGGACAGCAGCAGGGAACCCGCUCCUUGAAGCAGCCUCAUCCAUCUUCCCAUCCAGCUGCUUCAGCGGCAGCCCUGGCCUCAUCUUCUGCUCCAACACAGCCAGCCCAGGGCACCACAGUGCCCUCAGCUGCAGGGGCUUCCUUACCCACCACUUCCACCUCGAGCCUGGCUGGAACCCUUUCUAACCCAUCUUCUGCCUCUCUCAUCACCACCCAGGCCAGACUAACAAUCAGUGGUCCCACCUCACUACUGAAAGUUGCCAUGACCGCUGCAGCCACCAAGCAGCCCAAACCUCUGGUCCUUCAUGGACAGCAGCAGGGAACCCGUGGCUUGAAGUGGGCUUGUCCGUAUUCAGAUCCAGCUGCUUUAGCCUUGAGCCCCCCCACCAAAAGAAAGUUGACCUGGGCUGCAGGCCUGGCUGGGACCCAUUCUAAGCCAUCUUUUGACUCUCUCAUUACCGCCGUGGCCAGACUGACGAUCAGUGGUCCCACCUCACUACCAAAAGUUGCCGUGACUGCUGCAGCCACCAAGCAGCCCAAACCUCUGGUCCUUCAUGGACAGCAGCAGGGAACCCGCGGCUUGAAGCGGGCUCGUCCAUAUUCAGAUCCAGCCGCUUUAGCCUUGAGCCCCCCCACAAAAAGAAAGUUGACCUGGGCUGCAGGCCUGGCUGGGACCCUUUCUAACACAUCUUCUGCCUCUCUCAUCAACGCCCUGGCCAGACCGAGGGUCAGUGGUCGCACCUCACUAUGGAAACUUGCCGUUAUGGCUGCAGCCAUCACUCAGCACAAACCUGCGGUCCUUCAUGGACAGCAGCAGGGAACUCGCGGCUUGAAGCGAGCUCAUUCGUAUUCAGAUCCAGCUGCUUUAGCCUUGAGCCCCCCCACCAAAAGAAAGUUGGUGCGAGGCUAUCCCAGGCAAAUUCUAGGCCAGGCUAUCCCAGGCAAGGCAAGGCAAGGCUAUUCCAGGCAAGGGUAUUCCAGGCAAGGCAAUUCUAGGCAAUGCCAGGCAAGGCAAGGCAAGGCAAGGCAAGAGACAGCAAUGCAAUCCCAGGCAAGGCAAUGCAAUCCCAGGAAAGGCAAUUUCAGGCAAGGCAAGGCAAGACAAGGCAGGGAAAGGAAAUUCAAGGCAAGGCAAUUGUAGGUAAAACAAGGCAAGGUAAUUCCAGGGAAGGUAACUCCAGGCAAGGCAAGGAAAGGCAAUUCCAGGCAAGGCAAGGCAAGGCAAUUCCAGGCAAGACAAGGCAAGGCUAUUCCAGGCAAAGCAAUUCCAGGUAAUGCAAGUCAAAAAAAGGCAAAAAAUUCCAGGCAAGGCAAGGCAAAUCCAAUCCAGGCAACUCAAGUCCAAUCCAGGCAACUCAAUUUCAGGCAAGGCAAGGCAAUUCCAGGGAAGGCAAUUUAAGGCAAGGCAAGGCAGCACAAGGCAAGACAAUUCCAGGUGAGGAAAGUCAAGGCAAGGCAAUUUGAAAUGAGGCAAUUUCAGUCAUGGCAAGGCAAGACAAGGAAAGUCAAGGCAUGUCAAUUCCAGGCAAGGAAAAGCAAGGCAAUACAAGGCAAUUUCAGGCAAGCCAAUUCCAGGUAAUGCAAGGCAAGGCAAUUCCAGGCAAGUCAAUUCAAGGCAAGGCAAUUCUAGGCAAUGCAAGGCAGACAAGGCAAUGCAAGGGAAGAGAAAGCAAUGCCAGACAAGGAAAGGCAAGACAAGAGACAGCAAUGCAAUCCCAGGCAAGGCAAUGCAAUCCCAGGCAAGGCAAUUUCAGGCAAGGCAAGGCAAGACAAAGCAGGGAAAGGAAAUUUGACGCAAGGCAAUUGCAGGUAAGGCAAGGCAAGGUAAUUCCAGGGAAGGUAACUCCAGGCUAGGCAAGGCAAGGCAAUUCCAGGCAAGACAAGGCAAGGCUAUUCCAGGCAAGGCAAUUUCAGGCAAUGCAAGGAAAGGAAAGGCUAAAAUUUCCAGGCAAGGCAAGGCAGGGCAGAGCAGGGUAGGGUAAGGCAGAGCAGGGCAGGGAAGGGAAGGGCAAGGAAAGGUAAGGGAACGCAAGGCAAAAGUAAAAGGCAAAAAAAGGCAAAAGGCAAAAGGCAAAAAAGGCAAAAGACAAAAGGCAAAAGGCAAGGCAAAAGACAAAAGGCAAGGCAAGUCCAAUCGAGGCAACUCAAAUUCAGACAAAGCAAGACAAUUCCAGGGAAGGCCAUCCAAGGCAAGGCAAGGGAAUGCAAGGCAAGGCAAUUCCAGGUGAGGAAAGUCAAGGCAAGGCAAUUUGAAAUGAGGCCAUUUCAGUCAUGGCAAGGCAAAACAAGACAAUUCCAGGCAAGGCUAUUCCAGUAAAGUCAAGACAGGGCAAUUCCAGGCAAGAAAAAGCAAGGCAAUGCAAGGCAAUUCCAGGCAAGCCAAUUCCAGGUAAGGCAAAGCAAGGCAAUUCCAGGCAAGUCAAUUCGAGGCAAGGCAAUUUUAGGCAAUGCAAGGCAAGGCAAGAGAAGGCAAUGCCAGGCAAGGCAAGGCAAGGCAAGGCAAAGCAAGGCAAGGCAAUGCAAUCCCAGGUGAGGCAAUGCAAUCCCAGGCAAAGCAAUUACAGGAAAGGCAAUCUCAGGCAAGGCAAGGCAAGACAAGGCAGGGAAAGAAAAUUUGAGGCAAGGCAAUUGAAGGUAAGGCAAGGCAAGGUAAUUCAAGGGAAGGUAACUCCAAGCAAGGCAAGGUAAGGCAAGGCAAUUCCAGGCAAGACAAGGCAAGGCUAUUCCAGGCAAGGCAAUCUCAGGCAAUGGAAGGCAAGGAAAAGUAAGAAAAGGCAAGGCAAGGCAAUGCAAUCCCAGGCAAGGCAAUCACAGGAAAGGCAAUUUCCGGCAAGGCAAGGCAAGACAAGGCAGGCAAAAGAAAUUUGAGGCAAGGCAAUUGCAGGUAAGGCAAGGCAAGGUAAUUUCAAGGAAGUUAAUGCCAGGCAAGGCAAGGCAAGGCGAUUCCAGGCAAGGCAAUUCCAGGCAAGACAAGGCAAGGAAAGGCAAAAAAAAAUCCAGGCAAGGCAAAACAAAACAGAGCAGGGCAGGGCAGGGCAGGGCAAGGCAAGGCGAGGCAAGGUAAGGAAAGGCAAGGCAAGGCAAAAGGGAAGGCAAGGCUAUCCCAGGCAAGGCAAGGCAAUCCAAGGCAAGGUAAUCCCAGGCAAAACAAUCACAGGCAAGGCAAUCCCAGGCAAGGCAAGGCAAGGCAGGGCAGGUCAGAGCAGGGCAGGGCAGGGUGGCGUGGGGCAAAGUGGGGUGGAACAGGGCGGGGCAGGGCAAGGCAAGGUGGCAAGGCAAAAGGCAGCAAGGCAAAAGGCGGCAAGGCAAAAGGUGGCAAGGCAAAAGGCAUCAAGGCAAAAGGCAGCGAAAGGUGCCAAGGCAAACGGCGGCAAAGGGCGGCAAGGCAAAAGAAGAAGAAGAAGGCAGGCAAGGCAAAAAAGAAGGCAGGCAAGGCAAAAGAAAGAAGAUGAAGGCAGGCAAGGCAAAAGAAGAAGAAGAAGGCAGGCAAGACAAAAGAAGAAGAAGGAUGGCAAGGCAAAAGAAAGAAGAUGAAGGCAGGCAAGGCAAAGGAAGGAAGAAGAAGGCAGGCAAGGCAAAAGAAAGAAGAAGAAGGCAGGCAAGGCAAAAGAAAGAAGAAGAAGACAGGCAAGGCAAAAGAAAGAAGAAGAAGGCAGGCAAGGCAAAAGAAGAAGAAGAAGGCAGACAAGGCAAAAGAAGAAGAAGGCAGCCAAGGAAAAAGAAAGAAAAAGAAAGCAGGCAAGGCAAAAGAAAGAAGAAGAAGGCAGGCAAGGCAAAAGAAGAAGAAGGCAGCCAAGGAAAAAGAAAGAAAAAGAAAGCAGGCAAGGCAAAAGAAAGAAGAAGAAGACAGGCAAGGCAAAAGAAAGAAGAAGAAGGCAGGCAAGACAAAAGAAGAAGAAGGAUGGCAAGGCAAAAGAAAGAAGAAGAAGGCAGGCAAGGCAAAAGAAAGAAGAAGAGGGAAGGCAAGGCAAAAGAAGAAGAAGAAAGGAAGGCAGGCAAGGCAAAAGAAAGAAGAAGAAGGUAGGCAAGGCAAAAGAAGAAGAAGAAAGGAAGGCAGGCAAGGCAAAAGAAGAAGAAGGCAGGCAAGGCAAAAGAAAGAAGAAGAAGGCAGGCAAGGCAAAAGAAAGAAGAAGAAUGCAGGCAAGGCCUGAGGUUUGAGAAUAAUUGUAUUUGGCUCCAAGUCAAAUCUUCUCUACACAUUGGGAUGAGGGUUGGGCCCCCUUGAUUUUGCCGGGUGUAUCCCAGGAAGUAGAUAUCACAGGCAAGAGUCUCUUGUAUGCAGCCCUCUACAGGUGACAUCUCACACUGCUGAAUCUACAUUAGCAUUUUGGUGACAACCCAUCCCCCAAAGUUCUACUAGAAAUUGCCCUCAUGGAUAAACUCUGUGGUGACCCUUUCCUUGUGUCAAUUCUAUAUGAGCCCUCAGCCUCUCUGAGGCAUCUUUUGAAAUCUGUAAUAGGUAAGCCUACAAAAUUAGCACCCAGUAGACACUGCCAAAGUUUAUAUUCUGAACCUUCUGGAGUGGUGGUUGGAGCCACAUAUGAGAUCCUUUAAGCCACUUAUGAAAUGAUAAGAAUUGCUGCUCAGGAAUGUAGGCAUCAGGGACUUGAAGUAGCUCUAGGCAUUGAGCAUCAAUGUGACAAAGGCUUCCAGGGUCCAGCUUUCAGUGUAAUUCUAUCCCCUAGAUAUUGGCAUUCUGGACCUGUGAUGGGAGAAGCAGCACCCGUAAUCUCCAAGGUGCCAUUGGGCUCAUUCUUUUAUUGUCUUGAUGAAUUGUCUUGCUGAAGAAGCAUUUGGCCUCUUCUAUACAUACUAAUCUCUUUAUCAAAUGGUUACUUGGCUAUAUUUUCAAUUUUCUCUUGUUGACUUGCCUUUUCUUUCUUAAAAACAAAGGAACUCAGAUGUUUAACAAUACUUACAUUUUGUUUAUCUUUUAUAAAUUAUGUCUUCUUUUUUUCAUCAACUAUUAUUUUAAGUUCCAGGGUACAUGUGCAGGAUAUGCAGGUUUGUUAUAUAGGUAAACAUGCGCCAUUGUGAUUUGUUGCACAGAUCAACUCAUCACCUAGGUAUUAAGCCCAGCACCCAUAAGCUUUAAGUUGCUUCUUUCUAUUAUUAGAUCAGAGGAUCCAUGCAGCAUCCUCAACAACAAGUUACUGCUUAGAUGUUUCUUUAACAAAUACCCUAGUUCAUGAUUCUAAAAUUCUGCCUUCACAAACUGCUGAAACAAAAAGGCAAUUCAGCCAAGUUCUUUACCACUUUAUAUAAAGGAUGGCCCUUCCUCCAUCGUGCAAUACCAUGCUCCUUGUUUCCGUCUAAGACCAUACCAGAAUUACUCCUAGUGUCUAUGUUGCUAACAAGGUUAUGUUUACAUUUACUUAAGUAAUGUCAGAGGUGAUUUACGCUUGGCUGUUAGCUCUCCUUCUUCUGAGCCCUCAUCAGAAGAGCCCUUAGCUCUCCUUUAAUGGCAGUGUAGACUUUUAUAGCCUCUUCUUUCAAACCUACCCAGCCUCUCUUCAUUACCCAGUUCCAAAGCGGACACACAUUUUUAGGUAUUUGUUAUGGUAAGAAUACCACUUCUGGUACCCAUUGAUAUCUUAGUCUUUAUUGUGCUGCUAGAACAAAAUACCUGAGAUGGGGGAAUUUGUAACUGACAGAAAUUGAUUUUCUCACAGCUGUAGAGACUAAAUUCAAUAUCUUGGCGCUUGCACUUUGCAAUGGCCUUCUUACUGUGGCAUCUCAAGGUGAAAGACUGAGUGACAAGAAAAGGAAAGGGAAAUAAAGGGGGCCAUUUUAUAAUGGCAUUAAUCCCCCCCAUGAGAACAGAGGCCUCAUAGCACAAUUAAUUCUUUAAGGUAACAUGACUUAGUAGUAUUGCAAGAGCAAUCAAAUUUCAACAAAAGUUUUGGAGGAAACACAUAACUUUCUUUUGUUUUCCUUUUUGAUUUAUCUGGAUUCUGGUUAAUGGUCAUCUCAAUUAACAUAUUGGUAUUUUUUUAAGGUUUAUUCGGCUUCUAUUUCUACAUUUUUUCUAAUUCCAUAGCAAGACGUUUAUUAUGGGUUCAGUUUAGAUUUGUGGAUUUACUACAUCUUUGAGGUAGGCCAUUGUUCCUCUGAAGAAACAAUCUUUUCACAUGAGAGGGAAUAAAAUCUGAGUUCCAAACUCCACUUCUAUUCUUUAACUCUCAGAUUUUAGGGCAGUUCAUAUUUGUGCUAGUCCUGAAGCUAAUUUCAAUGUGUGUUUUAAAAGUCCAAUGUUGUUCGACAGAUGAUGGCUCUGACCAUGGCUAUAUGUUUAGCUUUUCGUGUUUUAGGGUUCAGGAAUCCAAUACUCCUCCCAAAGACAAUUCACUCCGAAGUCGAGGAUCAGAAUUCUUGGAGCUUUCCCUAAACCAAAUUUUGCCCUCCAGUCCAUAGGCUUAUAAUAGAAAGUUGGUAGCAGUCCCUGACAGAGCAAUUCCUCCUUAGAAGUCUCACAAAAAUAAGUCAAACCCCGUCAGCAUCCUCAGUUGAUUAGUUAACUGGCCCAGAGACUAGGACGCAGAGACAAGGUAUUCACAAAACUGAGUUUGACUCUGUUUCUCUCUGAAGUGCACAAUAAAUGGAGGAAGUGGGAUGGUGGUUAAGGAAACUGAGAGACUAUAGACACUCAGAGGAUGCGGUAUAACUCCAGCUUUCAUGUGGAGAUAAGGUUGUGGAUGGGAAGCUUUUACAAAAUGACCGCAAAGUAAAAUAGCUGCUGGAGUCUGCAGAGAAAGGAGGGGCAAAGUGGAGGGAGGAAGCGCAGACUGGGAAGUGGACUGGAAUUUCAGGAUUUUGUUUGAUCACUGUUGGAUAGUGGUUCUCUUUAGAGAGGAGUGAUCCAAUUUUAGUGUCUAAACUAGACAAUAAAAUUAUCUAAAUACCUGUCUCCUUAUGAGAGGGAGUGGAACAAUAUGUGAUCCCAUCUACCAAAAACUUUUCAUUCUUACCAGUCAGUUGUGUCAGAAUUUUAGAACUUCUGAAGAAUGGGCAAUAGAACAGAGAAAUAAAGAGCACAGACCUUGGUGUCCGGUACAUUGGGUCUGAAUUCUGGCUAUGCCUCAUGUUGUGGCUAAUGUGUGACCUUGGGCAAGUUAUUCCAACUUUCUGUGGAUAAGCUUUUUUUCUGACUAAGGUAUCUCUCUUCUAUGUAGGGAUUUUUUUUUUCCUUGAGACAGAGUCUCGCUCUGUCGCCAGGCUGGAGUGCAGUGGCGUGAUCUUGGCUCACUGCAACCUCUGCCCCAGGUUCAAGCGAUUCUCCUGUCGCCUCCCUAGCAGCUGGAACUACAGGUGUGCACCACCAUACCCAGCUAAUUUUUGUAUUUUGAGUAGAGAUUAAGUUUUCGCCAUGUUGGCCAGGAUGGUCUUGAUCUCUUGAUCUUGUGAUACACCCACCUCAGCCUCCCAAUAUGUAGAGAUAUUUUUAAAAAGUUAACAUAUUUAACACAUGUAAAAAUAUUUCUCAGAGCAUAAAAAUUGUAAUAUACAUGUUUUUGCAAAUGGAAUAAUAUAAAUAUUCUAAACUAUUAUAUGAAAGGAUAUAUUUGAAGGUACAUAGAGAAUUCUAGGUUUUUGUUUUUUUUUUUUUGAGAUGGAGUUUCGCUCUUGUUACCCAGGCUGGAGUGCAAUGGCACGAUCUCGGUUCACUGCAACCUCUGCCUCCUGGGUUCAUGCAAUUCUCCUGCCUCAGCCUCCUGAGUAGCUGGGAUUACAGGCAUGCACCACCAUGCCCAGCUGAUUUUUUGUAUUUUUAGUAGAGACAGGGUUUCACCAUGUUGACCAAGAUGGUCUCGAUCUCUUGACCUCGUGAUCCACCUGCCUCGGCCUCCCAAAGCACUGGGAUUACAGGCUUGAGCCACCGCGCCCGGCAGACCCUAUUUCUCAAAAAAAAAAAAAAAAAAAAAAAAAGAG